UUCAUAUACUAAUUCUUCCUUCACUGAUGGUGGGUUGGUGUUUGGAUCAACCGGCAAUUUUGUUCCCAAAGCCUGGGAUCUGGCAUUGCUGGUAAAGACAGAAGUGAAGAAAGUGUUGAGGACCUCUUUUCUGCAUCAUUGGUGGUUGAUUCUCCUUUUCCAUUUAACCGUGGGCCUAUGUUUUCCUUCUGUUUCUGCUUGUGGUUGACAUACCUGAAGAACCCUUUCUUGUUAUUUUUGACAUCUACAGCCAGUUUCAAUUCAAGCUGGGCUUUUGCUUUUCUAACUACAUCUCUGCACACUCUGGCAAUGCGCUUGUAGCUCUCGACGGAUCAUCCUCCACUUCUCCAUCUCUGGUAUGCUUCCCUUUUGGACUUGAGUAGACCCAGGAGGUCAUGGUUGAGCCAAGGGGGCUUCCUGCUCAGCUUACUUCCCUUUCCUUUGUAGGGGAUAAAUUGGCUUUGUGCUUCCAAGAGAGAGUUCUUGCAGAACUCCCAGCACUCACUAGCUCCUUUGUCUUCCAUGGAAGCUUCCCAUCAAAUCCCUCCCAACUGAGCCCUGAGUGAACUGAAGUUUGUUCUUCUAAAUCCAGAACCCUUGUCUUAGAGGUGACCUUCAGCACACUCAGCAGGAUCCCGAACUCCACAAUAUUGUGGUCACUGCAGCCAAGGCUAUCACUAACCGAGGUAUUACAAAGCAGGCUUUCUCGGUGUGUGAAUAGCAAGUCCUGCAGUGCCUUAUUCAUGGUUGGCACAUCUAACAUUUGUAUCAAGAAACAGUCCUCUAUACGUUCCAGGAACUUGGUGGAUGACAUGUGUGGGUAGUUGAAGUCACCCAUCAGGACCAGGUUCUGUUGGCCAGAAGCUUGCUUUAGUGCCCCAAGUAUUGUGGUUAGGGGGUCGAUAGCAGAUGCCCACUGUGAAGUCCUGCCUGAAGAUGACCCCUUUGACUUUAAUUCAGAGGCAUUCAAUAGAGCAGUCGCAAUCACCAUAGUUGACUUCGAUACAUUCAAGGUUUUACUUAAUGUAGAGUGCAACUCCUCCACCUCUUCUACCCUGACUGUCCUUACGAAAGAUCUUGUAACCGUCCAUUACAAUCCCCCAGUCAUUUGAGUUGUCCCACCAUGUUCCAGUUACUGCUAUGAUGUCAUACCCUUCUGAGUGGCACAGAGAUCCAGUUCCUCCUGUUUGUUACCUAGACUGCGUGCAUUUGUAUACAUACACUUGAGGUGAUUACUCUUCUGUUUCACCUCUUGGGAGACAGCUAAGGAACCUUUAUCACCGCACUGCUUGGCCUGACUUACUCCCCCAUUGGAUGUGCUGGUGUGAGCAUUUUUGCAAUGGAUCCCACCCGCAAGUCCUUCAGUUUAAAGCCUGCCACACCAAGUUAGCCAGCCUACUGCUGAAGAUUCCUUUACCCCUUUUAGACAGAUGGAUUCCAUCCCUCCCUAGCAUGUUGUUGUCAUUGAAGAACACCCCAUUGUCAUAAAAGCCAAACCCCUCACGGUGGCACCAGUCAUGUAGCCAGAAGUUGAUAUACGUUACGCACCUGUUUCUGGCUGCUCCCUUCCCUCCAACUGGCAAAAUGGAAGAGAAGAUCACUUGGGCACCAAUGUUUUUCACUUGCUCCCCCAGGGCUCGAAAGUCUUCCUUGAUUUUACCCAGGGUAUGGCUCUCAGUGUUGUUCAUGCCUACAUGAAACAGUAGUAGUGGGUAGUAGUCUGUUUUCCUGAUGAGUUGUGGCACCCUCUCGGCAACAUCUCUGACCUUGGCUCCUGGGAGGCAGCAUACCUCUCAUGGCUCCCUGUCAGGUCAGCAGAUGGGUGCCUCAGUACCCUUCAACAGUCACCCACCACAAGCACUCGUUUCUUUUUACGAUGUACACUGUAUGUUACUGGUACAGUUUCUCCUUGCAGGGGACUUUGCAGACCUUGCUCAUGGGUGUCCUCCGUCGUUAAGGCUUCAUAUCUGUUUCUGAUUGUAUUGGUGGAGGGUGCAGGCUAUUGUGGAAUCCUGCUCCUGUGAGUCACCAGGGUCCACGGUUCCUCAUUCUCGGUGGUGUCUGCCACAGGAACAUGAUUCUGAAGCCACCUGUCUAUCUCUGCCUCAGCUCCUCUAAUACUGCACAACCUCCUGUUCAGCCACCUGAUGUAACAGGUCGUCAACCUGUGCACACCUCAUGCAGAUCCAUCUGGGUGGAUGCGUCUGACAUCUCAAGGGCUUUUGCUGCUUGAACACUGGUUUUAGCUCUGAGGCGAGUGCCCACCAUUUCGCCAGAGACCAAAGCACUUGCCUGAACUGUAGACCUACAAGCGGGCUCCCUCCUGCUCGCCCUGCCUGCGCGAACUGCCGCGCCAGCUGCCGCGCCAUGCUGUUCUGAUGUGCCACGGCCUUUUUUGCCCGUCCUGGUCGCUCACGCUCCCUAGGGGCCGUUUAAAUCUCGUGCCGUUGCUUCUGGCCGUGCCCCACGCCACGUCAGCUAUUAAGGAGUGCUUCUUUAUUUGUUAAACCUUUUCUGUGUGAGUAGUCCUAGAAUAUGAAUGAUUUCAAUUUAGCCCCCUUGGCAGACCCUUGCACUCCAAUAUAAAUUUGUAGAGCACACCAAGAAUUCAUAGCAUAGUUUGCAAUGUUGAUGAUAUAAAAUGAAGAGGAAAAGAUGUUUCCUAGAGCCAAAGUAAUGCUAAGCAGAACCUGUGGCCCGCAAAACUGUAGGCCAAGUGUCUCAGAAAAAGGCAGGGAUUGCAUUUCAGAGUACCAGCUUCUUACUCACUUUUUGGAUAGAAAAUGUUUAUAAUACUUAUAUGUAAAUAUAUCAUGGGAAGGAGUACACAGGGGACGAAAAGCACUGUGCCCAUGUCUUACAUAGUACGUAUACAGGUAGUGGAAAAAUAAGAAACAAAAUGAAACCUUUCCAAAGUGUCUGGCUUUUUAAGAGCCUGCUUGCCAAUUGCUACUGUCACAGUCAACUUCACAGAUGUCUUCUCCCUCCUGUUGUGAAGAAGAUAGGUUAUGUGGUGGGACUGCACAACUGUGGAUUUUGGAGGCCAAAAUCUUUAUUGGACACAGCUAGAUUCACUCCGCCUUUUGACAGUUGGCAUAGGAAAAAACAUGAGGAUUCUCGAGCAUUGUGGAAGCAUGAGGCCGUGCAGAAGUAUCUGGAGACUCUAAGCAAGGAAUACCAGCAGGUUACUCAUCUGUUAAGUGCUGACUCAGUAAGUGACUUUGAGGAAAGAAACCUGAGGAGAAGAUGUGCUGAUCUGUCCCCCAUUGCAGCUGCAUUUCAAGAAAUCAAAGAGGCUGAAAGAGAAGUUCAGGAGUUAGAAGCAAUGUGCAGAGAGCUAGACAGCAGAGAUGAGAAACAGCUUCUGGAGCUUGCCUUAGAAGAGAAGGAAACCUUGGAGAAAAAAUUCAACGUGUUGUGCAGAAAGCUUUUCCAGCUUCUAGUGCCAAAGAAAAAAUAUGAUAGAAGUCAUGUCAUAUUAGAAGUGACAGCUGGCAGAACAACUGGAGGAGACAUCUGCCAACAGUUCACUAAAGAAAUGUUUGAGAUGUACCAGAACUAUGCAGACUAUAAACGUUGGACCUUUGACAUUGUGAACUAUACACCGGCUGAGAUAGGUGGGUUGCAUCACGCCGCUGCUCAUAUUUCGGGGGAUGACGUCUACAGGCAUCUGAAAUAUGAAGGAGGGACUCAUCGAGUCCAGCGAAUCCCUGAGACGGGCCUAUCAUCGAGAAUGCAGCGUAUUCACACUGGGACAAUGUCAGUUAUCGUCCUCCCUCAGCCAGAGGAGGUUGAUGUUAAAGUGGAUCCCAAAGAUUUGCGUAUAGAUACAUUCAGGGCCAAAGGAGCAGGAGGGCAACAUGUUAACAAAACUGAUAGCGCUGUGAGAGUUAUACACCUUCCCACAGGACUAGCAGUUGAGUGCCAGCAGGAGCGAUCACAGCAGAUGAACAAGGAAAUAGCUCUGCGGACACUGAAAGCUAAGCUGUACCAGCAGGUCAUUGAAAAACAAAUAAGUCAAGAGCAGAGUGCCAGAAAGCUGCAGUUGGGAACAAGAGCCCAGGCAGAGAGAAUUCGUACUUACAACUUCACCCAGGACAGAGUCACUGACCACAGGAUCUCGUAUGAUGCACGCAAUAUCAAGGAAAUUCUAAGUGGGAAAGAAGAACUGGAUAAGUUAAUCAACAGACUACUGGAGUUUGCAGAGAUAGAGGCUGUCACCGAAUAUCUAGAAAAUUUGCAGGCUUUGGAAGGAGGAGGCUGCUGACGACCUUGCGUAGAGUUGAAUCAGAAAUGUUAUGUUCAGUAGCAAAAUACAACAGACGCGUUUGUUAGAUGAUAGAUGGAUUAAAAUCCAUGCCUCUGUU